AUGACACUAUCAGAGAAUGAUUUUGAUAGUGAAUUACCCCCUCUGGGUUCUACGCGCUGUUAUUGGGUCCUGUUGGAUCGCAGCUUCAACUUUGUAUAUCUCGAUCCUGUGCUGUCUUCGCAUAUGAAAUCGCAAUCAAAUUCCCUCAUCGGAACCAGUUUCUAUGACUAUUUACAUCCAGCUGAAUCAAACGAAGCAAAGCAAGAUAUUCAGUCAAUAGUUCAGUCCGAGAAUAUCCACGGCUCUAUUAUUAGAGUUAGAUUUGUGCGCCUUCCUUUCAUACGCGUUCAUUUGGGCAGUAAAAGUCCGGUUCCAUACCACGUUUCUCAAAUGUGCGCAGACAAAUCUGAUAGCACUUAUAUCCCCUUAGACUUGGUCAUUAGCUCGAUCCACGAUGGUCUUUACCUCUGCUUCUUUCACGCCGUUUUAGAUAAGAAUCCUCAUUUCAACAACAACGCCGACUCUAUUUGGACUAACUGGUGUCAUACGCCUAUAUUCACUGAAAGGCACACUCAAAUUCUCGAGCAAUCCCUUCUCAAUUGGUCCCGAUAUCAGCCACCUACGCCUCAAAAGUUUACUAUUCCGACGCGUAUCUUCCAACUAAUCCGACAAUCUUCAAACGAGAAUACCAAUAUCGGCCUCAAUCACGUCAUCUACUCGUGGCCACCAUCAGACGGCAGCACCGGUGAGGGUCCUUACAAUCCUUCGUCAUUCGCAUCACUUAUGAGCGAGAUAUCAAUCAAUCAAAGCGCAGCUAGUCAGUUGACUGGUGCUGCCACAAGCUGUUCGCGGAGAUUCAAAGCUAGACAUCAAGCAAAGUGCAACGAAAAUUACUACACUGUAGAGUCAAUGUUUAUUCCGUACGGUGCUAUCAUUUUUGCAUGUUUCAAGAUCGAGUUCGAAUACCCAGUCGCAGCUACAAAAAGAACAGCAAUAUCACCGAGUGAAAAUUCUCAUCAAACUACCACAUUGUUCGAUAGUACUUCAUACGAUCAAUCUUUAUACCUGCAUCCCCAGCCAUUCUAUCAACAAGCAGCCGCACCUGGGCCUCAAUUCAGUUUGGUAAACGAUUGGACUGGUUAUUCUGCAUCACCAUCCACAUCUGAAGCUCCAAUCAAAGAUGAAAUCGCUCAACAACAAUUGCCAUCACCGGUUGCACCAAUUAAAGAUGAGUUCAGCCAAUCACAUCAGCUACCUCCACCGCCACCUCCACCAGCAGCAAUCCCGGUAAAAGCACCGCUCAAUCUUCCGGAAGCAAACACAUCUGGUAGCAGCAACAUCAGCAACAAGAGUAACAAUAACUACAACCACAACUACAACCAAGUCAAGCCAAAUACGGACAAAGUAGGUUGCACGAGUUGCGGGAAGGAGAAAAGUCCAGAGUGGCGCAGAGGUCCAUCAGGAAAGAAAGACCUCUGCAAUGCUUGUGGUUUGAGAUAUGCUCGUGCAAUAAGUAAAUCAGAGACUAGUGGUGCUACUCUCAGUGGUAGGCGUAAAAAAAGUGAUAGCAAAAAUAACACAAAGAAAAAUAAAAAAGCUUCACUGUCGCCAAAUCCUUCAAGUAGCAAUCUUACGGGAAAUGCCCCACUUAACUUAACUAAAUCAACACACUCAUCUCCAAAUCUCAAUGUAGAUGCACCUACACUUGAAAAGCCAAUGUUCUUAGCACCAAAAGAUAAUGAUAUACCAUUCAACUUUAAUGGAUUCAUUCCAAAAUCACCCCAACAAUCUUCAAAUCUUGAUUCAUACGAUAGUAGUCAUUCAUAUCCAAAGCUUUACAACCAAGAAAUAAAUGAUCAGUACCAGAUGUCCCCCCAAUUACCACUUCAAUUACCCCCUCAGCAGCGGAAUCUUGCAUACAUUAACCCAACACUAUAUAGCAAUGAUAAUAGCAACGCAAAUCAAUUUCAAUUCAAUAACGCCUCAACUAAUGCUAAUCAGACACCUUCUUUUUUACCGUGA